GGUUUGUCGGUUAAUACGAGAAAGACACGCGACGUAAGUAAACAGGCAGCUCUUCUGGCUCUUUACAUCGAGCAGGACGAAAGUUUGUGUUCGGAGACGAAUCGCGAAGUGAAUCGGUUGAAGUUUAGUGUGUGCAACGAGAAUCUCGACGUUUCUCAUCGAACAUUAACGGUAUCGACCAAGAGAGGUUGCUUUCUUUCGCGCGAAAAUCUCGCCCGUCAUGGCGGUUCUCGAGUUCGAACGGUGCGAAGUCUGAAACAUUUGAAUACAUCGAUAAAUCGAGAUCUCAAGAUGACGCGAACACUGGUGAAACGCGGUUUGAUCGUCCUAAGUUUGCUGAUUACAACGUGUCGGGCUAACGAACUGAAAGACUAUUGUUCGAUGCAUAAAUUCGACAAUCUACCUCAGGGAGGCCUCAGGUUUACGAAGGAGGUCGUCACAACGGAAUACGCCAACAUCGGUUCGUUCAAAGCCCUUCAUUGCUGCCUACGAGGAUACAGGAGCAUCGAAUGGUACAAGGACAACAGGGCUUAUCCUUGGCCAGGUGGCGAGAGUCACUUCAUCCUGUAUCCGGAGAGCGCGAACCAAACAAUUUACGCGCAGAAGGUGAGAGCCUCGGACGGUGGACGAUAUUCCUGUCGAGCGAGGAACGACACGACCAUCCUCGAAGGAGAUAUCACUCUGGACGUCCUCGGAGAGAAGUCCGGCGGAUAUACGGGGAAACCGCUGCCGACGUACAAGCCGGUCUCUCAAUUGGUUCCCCUGGGAGGUGCAGCGAGAUUGUUUUGCGAGGCGUACCUGGGAAAGGUCUACCUGCCGGACGCGAAAAAUUCGGUCACCUGGUCGAAGAGUGACAGCAACGUCACGUUGCCGAACCACGGGAGGAUCGCCCAGCAUCAAGUGUCCAGGGAAAACAAUCAAAUAAUCGGUUCGUAUUUGGAGAUCGAGGAUAUAACUCUGGAGGAUUACGGUGAAUACAAGUGCGAAGUUAGCAAUGGCGUCGACGAGGAGAUUACGUUGCCGGCUCACAUCUAUCGACAAGAGCCGCAAUUCGCAUUGGGUUUGCAAAACGGAUCGUGGAGGAAGUCGUUUUUGGUCGGCAUUCUGGUACUGCUGUUGUUAAUAUCGGCCGCUGCGUUUUACGCUCGCUGCUGGCUGCCUCUGGUGCUACUUUGUCGGGACAAAUUCGCCCCGCUCGAAGAGAAUGACGGCAAGGAAUGCGACGCUCUGGUGUGCUAUCACGAGAAGGACUCGAGCCUGGUCAUCGGAAUAGUGAUCCCGACGCUGGAGUCGAGGCAUCGGUACAAGUGCACGGGAUUAGAGCUCUCUCAGCUGAAUCAGAACUGGGGUUUGGAGAUCAGCCCGCACGCCGCUACGAGUCGAAGAGUAAUCGUGAUUCUCAGCCCAUCAGCUCUGGGUAACGUUUGGAACGAGACAAGCGUGGCCGCGGUCCUAAAGCAACUCUCGACCCUCGCGACGCGAACGAUAGUGAUCGCCACGAAGGACCUGCCGGAUGCAACCACAAUCGCGAAACGAUCGAGCCGCGAUGACACGGGCGAGCUCGCCCUGGAUCGUUUGAAGAUUCUCCAUUGGCAGGAGACUGGAAAGCCAACCGCCGGUAGUCAGAAGUUCUGGUACAUGCUGCGACUGGCCAUGCCGCCCGUCAGACCUGUCAGCGCCGAUAACAGCUGCCAAUCGGUCGCGAUGAUCGUUCAAGCGAACGGAAAAUGCGGACAGCAGAAGGCGCGAUCGCGGGAGAGCCUCGAGGUCCUCGUUUAAUCGACGGAAAAUAUAUAUUUAUACGUGAUAUCGAUUCGCGCGUACCUACGGCCGGUUCCUGCGUUUCAAACCGUAUUUCCGUAGGCUCCUCGAAACGAGACUCUUAAUUCGUUGCUGAAACGUCGUAGACGAUUCUAGCCGAGUCGAUAUACUCGAAUUUAUGUUCGCGAAUCGCGCGAUGGAAUACUUUUUAAAGACUCGUUCCACGUAGCUUAGUAAGCGUGCGCUUCCUCAUCGAAUUUCUUCGGCACAUAGUUAUCUUUUUUUAAACCAGAAUAUUACUUUUAAACGUUCCUUGGUAGUAAUUCAACUUUUGAUCCGACCGGAGCAAUAUUCCUUUUACGUUUAAAGACGUAUCAAAUUGACUGUAAUGAAGAAAAGUUGGCCAAGUGUUAUACCGGUCGACCGAAGCCAUCGCUGAACGCGCGUGGAGUAACUUUUUUCGUCGCGCUUCAUGUUCUACUCGGUUUUAACUAGCACGAUUCGUGGUCAUGCGAAAUUCGAUGUAAGAGGACGACGCUGUCAGUCUUCCUUCUCACGCGGGCACACGAAGGAUAACGAUGGAAACGAGAAUAAAAGAAGCGAAAGAGGCGGAGGUAAGGAAAGCAAAUCUCGUUGCUCGCGUAUUAUAAUACGUAAUCGAUAACAGUGAAGACUUCUCUCUUUCCUUCUCUGUUUGUAUAUAUUGGAUAGAUCAGUGCUCCAUUGUUCUUAUUUAUUAUCGUAACCGUAGGUCGUAUUAUUUAUAUGUAUGUACCGUUCAAACAAAAGCGAGGAGAGUCGUGUUGAUGUAUGUAUAAAACCGCGUCUACGUUUCCGGGCACACUUUUCUAGGCGCGAACCUUCUGCAAUACACGUAACGUUAAGACAUCGUCAGCAUUUUAUACUGUUUUGUACAUACACGUGAAACGGAGUGGAGAGCAUGUACACAUAUUAUAUUCAUAUACCUGUUUCUUUAUACCAUUCUUUGAGCAUUACAUUAUAUCACUCAACGUUCGUCGAACGAUCGCGAGGAUCUUAGAAAAAUGUAUCUGCGAACGUAACGUAAAUCGAAAAUCCUGUAAUUCGAACGAGACAGCGUAACGAUCAUCCGUAACUGUACGAUACUACAUAUAUCCUAUACAGAUGCAUAUUACAAAUACGUAUAUUCGAUAGGUCGUGGAAAGAAGUAUUCGUACACUUACCGUAGAAAACUUUUAUGACUAUACAUAUUCUGUGUAUUAUACAAAUUUUUUUAGGGUUUUCUAUAACGAGUAUCCGGAUAUUUUCGCUACCGCGUGUUAUGACGGUCUGGGAAUCAUAGCAGUGAGGAUGAGAAUCCUUGAAACUGUUCAUCAGUCUCAUUAACAUCGUACUCUGUGUUUUGUUUGUUUCUCUUUUAAAACGUUCGAAUCGUUUGAUAAUAGUGCGGAUUAGCUUCCACCGCUGUGAUUCCCAGUUCGCUUGAUUGUACUUUUUAAUAUUACACACGGAGAGACACAGGUACCGCGUAUUGUGAGCUUAAUUUUAAACGUCAUAAUAAUCUCUUUACUGUCAGUAUUACGAUACACUAGCGUGUACUUGUCUCGCGAGAAUGUGCCUCGACGCUCGAAUACGGCGUCACGUUCGGGCAAUUUUUGGCGAGUCAAGUAAGCAGAGUUCUAGACAUUAGGAGGGUAUGCUUGUUUUGUUUAGCCGUUAUUCAUCCAUCGCGUUCUUCUCUCUCUCUCUUUUUAUACGUCUCAGUGUUGCGAUGGACGCGUGAACACUUUUUAAGAUUAUCCCUUGACGGAGCGAAAGGGAAACUGUUUUCUGUUUCGAAGUUCAGAUAUAUCGGAUAAAAGAAUUGACGAAAGUUCUAUAGUUUACCAAAAAUUAGGUCUGUUUCUCUUUCAGAGGUGAGGCGGAAAUUUUUGUUCGAUGAUCCGAUAAUAAACGAGAAUACUUAUAUUUCGAAAAAUUUAUUUUAUUUUCAUCUUAAUCGCCGCGUAGAUUAUAUUUUUCGGAAGAAAGGAAACGUGAUAAAACGAGGCAGCACGUUGGCAGGAUAAAUAGUUGUCUGCGUUUAUUUCUCUCAUUUGUAAUAUAAUUAAAUUACAUAUAGGCACUUGUACAUAUAAGACCGUUUCUUUCCUAAGAGUACAAUACGUUUUAUUGUACAAUAAAGUAUAAUUAAGUAAUACAUGAAAGUAAUGAAAGGUGAA